AUGCAGUUGAAGGCAGAGGGUGAGGAGGCGAAUAGAAGAUUUGAAACAAUGGUGCGACUGAUGAACGAAGAGAUUGUCCGUUUUCAGGAACAAAAAACAACAGACAUGGGGAUCGCUUUCCACGAAUUUGCCAAAGGACAGGCGCGCCUGGCAAAUAGUAUUGCAGAUGCUUGGCGAAGUCUCCUCCCCAAGCUCGAAACUUGUUCCUCUGCAUAG